AUGUAUACUUCUAUUGCAUUAAAAACACGCCUUCCAAGGACUCCUGGGCUGCGGUCCAAAGUGCGGUGCAGUGCUGGGGUGCGGGUGCGGCAGCCGCUCCUGGGCCGCGCCCGGGCGCUGGCGGAGCGCGGUGCCGGAGCGUGCGCGGCGGCGCGCGGGGGCGGCGCCAUGGCGGCGGCAGCGGAGCAGCGCGGUGCCGGCCUGGAGGCCGCGGUGCGGGGCGGGCUGCGCGUCCUCCGGGAGCGCUGGAUGCGGGGCACCCGCGAGCGCGGCGGCACCGCGCCCGACCCGCUCCCGGCGCCCCCGGACGGUGCGGAGGGAGCGAGCGCCCUGCAGACGCUGCCGAUCGACGUGCAGCUGAACAUCAUGUCCUUCCUCUCCCCCCAAGAUUUGUGCCGCUUAGGAAGCACGAGUUGUUACUGGAGGGCAGCUGUGCAAGACCCGUUGUUGUGGAGGUAUUUUCUCCUGCGGGAUCUCCCCUCUUGGACAUCUGUUGAUUGGAAAUCACUUCCAGAUGAGGAGAUUUUUAAUAAAGCCUUUUCAGAGGUCAGCGACAAUGCACUUUAUGAUUACAUGGCAGUAUAUAAAAGGAGCUGUCCUCAGGGUAGAAGAAGUUUGAAAUCGAGCCGCCCCCGGUAUGGGACUGUGACUUCCUUUUUGCAAUCACUGGUCACUCAGGCAGAACCUCGCUUUGCUAUGUUUGGGCCAGGUUUGGAAGAGCUGGACAACUCUUUAGUACAAAAGAUGAUGACAUGCCCAGAAAUUCUGCUGGUAGCUGGCCUACCUCAUAGACAAAUUCAUGGAAUUGGAUCAGGAGUCAGUUUUCAGUUUAGCAACAAUCAAAAAUUCAAUAUUGUGACACUGUAUUCCACCACAAGUGUGGAAAGGAGGAGAGCAAGGGAGGAGCAAGCUGUUGCUGUGAAUAAGAUGUUUUACCAAGAGAACAACACAGCAGGGAAUCAGCAAGCCAUGCACUACAGUGUAAUAGCUCAAGUGAGGAAGGUGUGCGAAGUAGUUGAUGGAUUCAUUUAUGUUGCUAAUGCAGAAGCUCACAGAGAGCAUGAUCGUCAGGAGGAGCUGGCUCGUAUUUUGGCAAUGAUUGAUCCAGCCCUUGGGCCUCCGAACAGACCUCUGUUGGUUUUGUCCUGCGUGUCUCAUGUUGGUGUGAAAAGAAUUCCAUGUGUUUAUGUGGCACAUCAGUUGCAACUAAAUCUGCUGCAUCAGCCCUGGAUGAUGCAGGACACUGUAGCUGCAACUUUGGAUGGAUUGCUAAAUGGAAUUGAGUGGCUCUUGGAAGAAGCAAAUUGUAAAAGUGCUUAGGAAUAGAAUUAGGUAUUAUUGCACUGUACAAACCCUUUUCCAGUUGAAGUAAGAAUCUUGUUCCUCCUGCCAGAGUACUGUGAGAAGAGAAAACUGAAGGGAAAAGCUACAUGUAUUUCCCUGCACAUACUUAAAUCCUUAACAUUUUUCUAACUACAGUCCUUAAUUAGAAGUACAAGUGGGAUUGCCUGGAUUCCAGCUGCAAUGAAGAAGUGAUUUGGAAGAACAAUCUGAAUGUUAUGUUGUUUUUCUCUUCUUUCAACCAGAGGCCUUUAUAGUUCAAUCUUUUCCAAGAUAUCUGAUGGCCUAAUAUCUUCUGUAAAAAUAUAUGUAGCACUACAUUAGUUUAUCAGCAGAGCCCUAUCACACAUUUAGUAAAUAUAUUGAGUGGAGAUCUUUACAGGGACACUUCUUGACCAAAGAAAGCAUACUGUAGGUUGUACAGUUGACAGAAAGACAGUAACUCUUUAUUUCAGAAAAGUGAAUUACCCUGUAUUUUUCUAGAAAAAAAUGCCUAGACAAAAAAUAGUGGGGGGAUUUUCAGGCCAGACCAGAUUUCUUAAAUGCAAACACUGCUGCAUAUAAAUUGUUUCUUUGUUGUGAUCUGAGUUAUUAACCGGCCACAACAGACUGCAGUAUCUUUUGCUUUCUGUUGCACUGAAAUCAUUAGCUUGAAUUGGAUACACCUCUGAUGCCAUGAACAAAUGUUUAAUAGGAUCAUUCAGGACUUUAUUACAUAUAUAGACUAUCAAGUUUUCCAAAUAGUUGUGGUCAUUCGCAUAUGUGUUGAAAUUUUCUACACAGUUGCAAGUAGUUUUAUGAAAAGCAAAGCAACAUUUCAAGGCUGGAAUUGUCUUUUCCAUAUUGACGUCUUUGGGGAUAGUCGUAGUCUUCCACCUUUUCAUGUUUUUAUUAUUGGGUGAAUGUUCUGAAACUUUAUUUGGAUUUGUUGCCUGGGCAUUUAUUUGCUUUAUUCUGGGCUUUUUUUUCUUUUUUCCUAUCUUCAUGGAAAUUCAAGUGUCUCACAAUUUUUUCUUGGUACCUAGACAAUGAUUGCAUGGCACACUUACAGCUGUAACUGCCCUCAGUCUGGGAUACUUCAGUGAUGAUCAACACAGCUAUGUCAGAAACAUUCCACUUGAGAAGAUGUUGGGGAUUUUUUUAAUGAACUAGAAAGUAUUUCUCUUUCUUUUCAUCCUUGUGUGCAAUUAAUUCAUCUUUCUAGAUUUUUUUAUGUGUCCUAAUCAGAGACACAUGGGAGUUUUAAGGGAAAAACCAAAGCAAUAUACAGAAUGAAAAUUUUGUGGUUUAUCCUUUUUUUUUUUUUUUUUUCUGUUUUAUCAGCGUGUGUGUGUUUUGCCCUUUAAAAUGGAGCAGACACAAUGGAUUUAUGAGUGUUUGGAGUAAAAUUCCAUACUUUGUGACUGGGUGUAUGUGAUUUUCCUCCUAAUCACAUGAAUUUAAUAGUGGUCUAUAUGCAGGGGAUUGAAUGCAGCAAUCUGAUUCUGUGUUGGCUGAUGCGAAUAUGGGAGGGUUAUGGAAGAUCUUCUUUCUAUUUUCUUCAUGAGGAAUAAAUAAUUUUAAAAAUAAUUAUAUUUAGAGUUUUCCUAUGUAUGUUAAGUCCCCUACAUGUGUGCACGUGUGCUCAUACACUGCAAUCCCACUGUCAUAACAAAUUACCAUUGUCAUCAAUAGUCAUUAAUGAACAAGGUUAUUGUAUGCUACCCGUUGAAUUAAGACAACUCACUGUUAUCUCAAAAGAUUAGGAUAAUGCAGAGUAUGUAUUUUUUCCUAAAGAGCAUCAGCUAGGUUAACCUAAAGCUAGGAUACUUUUCAGAAUUACAAGUCCUCAGGGUGCAAUCUAGAAAAGAAACAGUGGGAAUGAGAAGUCUAUGCAGUCACAGAACUCCAUGAUUAAAUGUUGUGUAUCAGCACAGGUAAGGAAGAUGAGCACGUGCACUAUCCAGAGGAGCAGCUGAGGUGCACAGAGAUGUGCUGGGGAGGAGGCAACCAGUGCGGGAGUCAGCCCUGCUGGGACACAGGGCCAGAAAGACUUCACCCUGAAUCACCAGGCUUUAAGUUUAAGCCUUGGGAAGACUUCUCUAAGGCCUUAUGGCAGUUAAUACAUUAAUCAAGUCACCCUGUAUAAGGUUAUGUUUCUAGAAUGUUCCCAGUUAUCUCCCUGAUUGGUCAUUAUUUGUUGCAGUGUUUUGCAUAUUUCUAACCCCAGUUCGUGACUG